UAAACAAAAUGAAAUGGAGAUUCUGAUCUCUCUAGUCAUGUUUACUCUCCUCUUUUCGACCACCAAAGCAGGAGUAACUGGAUCCAACUACAGCGUUUUGGAAGAGGUUAGGGUUGGAUUGGUGGUGGACUUGGGUUCCGUGGAAGGCAAGCUUCUCAAGACUUCUUUUACCUUAGCGCUCUCAGAUUUCUAUCACAUAAACAGUGGCUAUCGAACCAGAGUCUCUGUUUUAGUAAGAGACUCCCGAGGAGACCCUCUCCUUGCCCUUGCUGCGGUUAGAAAUCUUGUCAAGAAAUCAAGAGUGGAAAUCAUUGUUGGUGGUGCGCAAUCAUUACAUGAAGCAAAGCUUUUUGUGCCGAACUCGUUGUCUUUGAACAAACACAAUCACUUUAUCCAAUGGACUCAUGAUACGGUAUCAGAGGCAAAAGGAAUUGCGAGUCUCGUGCACGAUAUCGCUUGCGUUCUAGCAAAUGUUGUAGAGAAGAGAAGUCUAAGAGAUAAAGCAACACGUAGUAGUGCUGCCGAAGCCUCUUGGAAUGUGUCAGAUCUUGUAAGGCUAAUCAAACAUAGUAGAAGAUUCAAUGGUGGCACCCAAAUCAACUGUGGUCGUUUUAUCAAAAGAAGACGCAUCAUUUGGCCUGGUGGAUCUGAUAAAACCCCACCAAGACACCGUUUCCUGGCAGAGGAUGGUGAAAACAAGAAGUUGCUUAGGGUCUUAGUUCCAGCAGGAAACAGGGUCCCAAAUCUUGUGAGGGUGAGUCCUGAUCCUGAAACUGGUGUUGUUAUUGUCACUGGAUUAUGCAUGGAGAUUUUCAAAACUUGCAUGGAUCCUCUUAAGUACGAGAUGGAGUUCAUACCUUAUAAUGGAAGCUAUGACAAUCUUGCUUAUCUACUCUCUACUCAGAGAGACAAAUAUGAUGCAGCAGCUGGUGAUUUAACCAUCACUUCCAACAGAUCUUUAUAUGUUGAUUUCACAUUGCCUUUCACAGACAUUGGUAUAGGAGCCCUGACAUUGAAGAAGAAGAAACAUGGCAUGUGGACGUUCUUUGACCCUUUUGAGAAACCCUUGUGGCUAGCUAGUGGAGCUUUCUUCAUCUUGACUGGGAUGCUUGUUUGGUUGGUUGAACGGCCCGUUAACCCGGAGUUCCAGGGCUCUUGGAAACAACAACUUGGUACAAUGUUAUGGUUUGGAUUCUCUACCAUUGUAUUUGCUCACAGAGAGAAACUGCAAAAAAUGUCAUCAAGAUUCUUAGUCGUAGUUUGGAUGUUUGUUGUAUUGAUAUUGACUGCAAGUUACAGCGCCAACUUGACAUCAACCAAGACCAUUUCACGGAUACAAUUAGAUAAUCAGCUAAGUUUUGGUCCUUCCAAUAUGAAGAUUAGCAACUCCAUCAAUGCGAUUGAGGCCUACGCUCAGCUUUUGAGAGAUGGAACUGUCAAUCACGUAGUUGAUGAGAUACCCUAUCUCAAUAUUCUUCUAGGACAGUAUCCAGACGUUUUCGCCAUGACUGAUAGAGAGGCUGUUACCAAUGGCUUUGGCUUCAUGUUCCAAAAAGGCUCAGGUUUGGCUCCUAGAGUGUCAAGAGAAAUCGCGAAGCUAAGGACAUCGGGAACGUUAAAAGACAUGGAGAAAAGAUGGUUCCAAAAACUGGACUCAUUCUAUGUAAAUUCCAACGACAAUGAUGAUGAUGACAAUGCAUCAAACCGCUUCACCUUCGGUGAGUUGGGCGGUUUGUUCAUCAUUGCGGGAGCUGCUCAUGCUCUUGUACUAGUCAUGCAUCUCUUUCAGACACGUCGUGAGAUUUUGCGUGUUUUGUGCGAAUCUCGACUGUUCACUAAACUGAAAAGCUUUGCCCGUUUCUGGAGAUGCUAAAAAAAUUCAUAGUAAAUC